AUACGCAAGUUGGCCAGUGUUGAGAACUGCUCGGCACAGGAUGAAGCCGGCUCAUCGUCGUCUGCUGGUAGCAUCAGCCCAGUGCUCUACUCACCGGAUGCGUUCAUUCGGGUCGCGAUACCCGAUGAAUUGGACGGUUCGAUUCGAUACCAUACAUUUCCGGGUGCGGCACAGAUGACUGCCGGCAAACUUUGUCGUGUUAUCGCAAAUCAGUUCGGCAUCACGAAUCCUGAGGACAAUGGAUUAUAUCUGCUUGUCGAUGGAUUCGAGACGUGUUUAUUGGCCAACGAAUGUCCGGACACGAUACGUCACCAAUUACAACAAGCGCAUAAAUCCUUUCUGUUCGCCUAUAAACGUCAUGAAGCUAAAAUUGCCUGGCCGAAGGCGGCGAUCAGCGGUUGUCCAUCAAGGACAUGA